CUCCCGCCGCCUCAAAUCAAGCGAGCGGCCGCCAAGCCCUCCCCACAAAGCUGCCCGCCUUGACGCUCUCCUCCUCGGGCUGAAGGGACGGCCACACACCGCUGCCAGUCGACCCGACCGAGCGGCCACCAUGGAGAUCAUCUGUCGGUUGCGGUGGCUGAGCAGGAAGUGUCUCCUUCCGUGAUAGACCUCCGAAGCCAUGGAGCUCAGAUAAGCUCUUCCUCUUUUCGGCACCAAUCUCGGCCCCACUCUCUUCCCCCGACCCCGCACUUGAACCAUGGGAACGUGGCGGGGCCUGCGCGUGGCGUUCGUCGUGGGCUCUCUCUUCGUGAUCCUGCUCAUCAUCGCUUACUGGGACGACGUCGGCGGCUUCGACCUCUACCCUCUGCGGGACCGCAAACAGGAGCGUUGCCCUCAGACCACCGCAGCCCCCACGCUCCCGGCAUCCCUCGCGGGAAUAUCCACCACGACCUGGGCUCCGGCGGGAACGACGAACAAGAGCGCGGAAGGGAGAGAGCGACCGCAGCCGGGAAGUGAGGAUAAGGACGGCGACGAGAGUCCGGAUUUGGCUGGAAGUUGGGACCAGGUGGCGAGGAAGCGGAAGAUCGUGGAUGUUUGUGCAGGGGACGACUUUCCCGGAAGGACACGUGCAUUUGAGGAGAUUCCAAACAGGGAAUUGGACCACCUGAUAGUCGACGACACGCACCAGAUAAUCUACUGCUAUGUUCCUAAGGUGGCGUGCACCAACUGGAAGAGGGUGAUGGUGGUCCUUUCUCAGUCUCUGGUCUCGCCUGUCUCAGGAAAGCCUUACACUGACCCGGAGUCGGUCCCCCCGGACCUCGUGCACAACUCCUCACUUCAUCUCACUUUUGCCAAGUUUUGGCGCCAUUAUGGCUCUCUGUCCCGCCACCUGAUGGCGCUGAAGCUCCAGCACUACACCAAGUUCCUGUUCGUACGGGACCCCUUCGUCCGCCUCAUCUCGGCCUUCAGGAACAAGUUCGGAAGGCCCAACGAGGACUUUUACCGGCAGUUUGGCUCGGUCAUCCUGCGUCGCUACGGCAACGUAUCAGGGAGUUUGCCGGAAACGGCGGCUGAGGCGUUCGCGGCCGGGAUCAAACCCACCUUCCAGCAGUUCGUCUCGUACUUGCUGGAUGCGGAGACGGAAAAGGAGAGCAUCUUCAACGAACACUGGCGACAGGUUUACCGUCUCUGCCAUCCAUGCCAGGUGAAGUACGACUUCAUCGGACGACUGGAAACGCUAGAGACGGACGCCGAGUAUCUUCUGAAGCUCCUGCGGGUGGACCACCUGCUGCGCUUCCCCUCGGGGGCGAGAAACCGAACUGCGGCCAGCUGGGAACGGGAUUGGUUCGCGCAGAUUCCCGUUUCAAUGAGGACAGAGCUGUACGAGCUUUACCGACCGGACUUUGAGCUGUUUGGCUACCCGGAACCCGACGGGGUGCUCCACCACUUGUAGGCCACGCUCGGCGACUCCCACGAUAAGCCUUUGAAAUUCACUGCCGGCCUUCCGCUUAACAUGGAUGUUUGACUUCUAAAGCUGUCAUUGGCGGCGAAUGUGUGAAGGACCAAGUCUGCGAUGCUGUUUGUUUGUGCAAAUACCUCAAAAGACAACAAGUGCCUGCCUGUAUUAUUUUUGCCUCAGUUGGGAAUGAAUGCGGCCAGCUCACUUUCAAGCUACUCUGCUACACUUCAUUUGCCCAUUUCAAAGCACUUUGAUGUUUUUGUUUUUUGGUUUUUUUUUGGGGGGGGGGGUAGCGGUGGGAGUGAU